AUGUCAAGCCAGGAUAACCAGCAGGAGCACGCAAUGGCAGUCAUUCCAACUAGCUUUUCAACAGAAUCAUCGUACGAACUCCAGAAUUGUUUUAUUCUUGACUCUGGAGCUUCAGUGCACGUAUGCAACGAUCGAUCUCGCUUCCAGGACUUCAUGGAAGAAGAUCAGAGGACGCUGCGUGCAGGAGACACGAUUAUGAGGAUAGAGGGCAGAGGCAACGUACGAAUUACGCCUAAUAGCAAGAAAGGGAUCAGUAUCUUGCUUAGAGACGUUGCUUUCGUGCCUGGAUUCCAUACUAAUAUCCUCUCUGCUCGGCGAAUGAAGAGAGCAGGGUAUAGAUGGGAUUUUGAAAAUGAUCGUAUUCUCAAGGAUCAAGAGGAGAUCUGUAAUCUGCGUACAAUUCAAGACCUUUGGGUCAUUGAAUACAAACCACCAAGCAAGCAAGAAGAUGCGUACGCAAUUAAGCAAUCUAAGAAACCGCUUAUCUUAGAUGGGGAUAUAGAUCUUUGGCAUCAGCGGAUGGGUCACCUAAACUAUGAAGCACUGGAACACUUACCAGAGGCAUCAACAGGAGUCAAGAUGCUUAAUAGAGGAUCUAUGGGCUUUCAAUCCUGCGAAACAUGCAUCUUAUCGUCUGCAGAUCAACAGAUAUCUCGACGAUCAGCAGAGCGAGAAACGGAGCCAUUUCGAAGGGUCCAUUUUGACCUGAUUCAACUAACUGAAGCUUUCAACGGAGAUCGAUGGUGUAUUCAUCUGUACGAUGAGGCAACGCACAACCAUGUUGUGUACACAUCAGGACGGAAGAAUGGGAUUGCAGAGGCGCUUCAAGACUUCACGAACCUUGUAAAGAACCAAUAUGGCAAGCCCGUGAAGAUAUAUCGUUCUGACAACGAGCGUACGCUUGGAGGAGGGUUCAAAGACCUUAUUUGGAAUGAAGGAAUUCGUCAUGAGACUCCUCCACGUGGUCAUCCAAUGCAGAACGGCCCUGCGGAGCGUUCUGGGGGGGUGAUUAUUAGGAAGGCAAGAUCUUUAUUGGUCAAUGCUCGAUUACCACUAGAUCUUUGGCCACUAGCCUUCAAAGCAGCUGCAGCUCUGCUAAACAGAUCACCAAUUAGAGCUCUGAACUGGAAGACUCCGUACGAAGCACUGCAUGGAAAGCAACCAAACCUUGCAAACCUAUACACCUUUGGAUGCCGCGCAUAUAUGAGGAACCAGGAUCUUAUGAGAACCGCGAAGGUCGCUCCAAGAGCGCUUAUUGGAUAUCUUGUUGGAUACAAGGCUUCGAACAUCUGGCAGAUAUGGAUCCCAAAGCAGAAGAAGGUUGAAGAGGCGAGAGAUGUUGUAUUUGAUGAAUCUCGACUAUAUGACCCAACAGAACCGUUUAUGGAGGAUCUAAUCAAGGAGGUAAGCCCUGAAGUGCCUGUAGAGGUGCUGCAGACCUCUAGAUUAGAGGAUUUACUGGCAGAAGAUCUUAGUAUGCCAGACCUUGACGAGGAGGUUGAAAAUGUACAAGAAACAGAGGCCAGCGGAGCUAGCGGAGCUAGUAAGGCUGCGGAUACAAGCGAGAUCCCCACACCUCUGCUACCAACACCAGAUUCAACCCCAGGACCAACGCCUGAAUCAGCCGCGGAGAUUGAAAACAACAGACUAGAGUCGUACGAUCGACCUAGAGAUGAUUCACCAAGUCGAAUACUUCUUGAAUCGUUGCAGAAUGACGAGAUUCAAAGCUCGGGGGGUGAACCCACCAGGGUCCGAAGACCUAGGCAGGAAGUCGACCCCAGUAACAUUGUUGAAGGCAGAAGAUCACGCAGAGCACAGAGAGACCCUCAGUUUGAGUCCUACGCUGCGUACGAAGAUCAAGCAAAUAGCCUACUGAGCGCCUUCGCGAUAGGUUUAACCUGUCAAACGCCACUGAAACAACUUCAUCGAGACGAUUUGCCAGCACCACCGCGAUCCUGGAAUGAGAUGCUUAAACACCCGCUUCAAAAUGAGUUCAUGACCGCGUGUACAACUGAAUACGAAGCUAUAUUGAAGAAAGGAACUGUCAGAGUAGUGGAACAACAGGAGGCAGGACGGGAUCGUGUGAUACCAUUACUAUGGGUCUUCACAUACAAGUUCGAUCAAGAUGGCAAAUUUAUAAAGGCCAAAGCACGUAUCUGCGUACGAGGAGACUUGCAAGCAGAAUCUGCAGAAGAAAAGCGAGCUGCUACACUUACUGCACGCACGUUCCGGACAAUUAUGGCCCUUGUUGCAGCGUUUGACCUGGACACCACGCAGUAUGAUGCUACAAACGCAUUUCUGAAUGCAUUACUUGACGAGGACGUAUAUGUGAGCUUACCAGACGGUUUCAAAGCUAAAGGGAAGAUCUGGAAGGUUAUUCGCGCGCUAUAUGGCCUCCGAAGGUCCCCUCGAUUAUGGCAGAAAGAUCUGUCCGCAACGCUUAAGGAAUUUGGGCUGCAAGUAGUUAACGAAGACCAAUGUCUCUUUACAAACCACCAUCUUCUCGUGAUAUUCUACGUGGACGAUAUCAUUGUGGUUAAUAAGAAGGAUCCAGAGGCACGCAGGGAAGCACAGCGCUUUAAGCAAGCGCUUGAAAGACGAUAUGAGCUCCGCCACCUAGGAGAGGUAAGCUGGUUCCUAGGAACACGUGUUAUUCGAGAUAGGACAGCGCGGAAGCUCUGGCUAUGUCAGGAUUCGUACAUUGACAAGAUGGCUGCUCGAUACCAUCUAAAUGACCGAAUCCAAAGCCCAAAGACGCCCAUGGCAUGCAGCGAGCUAGUUCCUAGAGAGGAUCAAGCAACACCAGCACAGAUACACCAUUACCAACAGAAAGUUGGAUCAAUUCUAUACGCAACUAUCAUUUCGAGACCAGAUGCUGCUCGUACGGUAAAUAAGCUUGCUGAAUUCCUUACUAAUCCCUCAGAGAAGCAUCUUGAGGCAGUAGAUCGAGCGAUUGCGUAUCUCUAUGCCACGCGAUAUCUCGCCAUCGAGUAUUCAGGCAUGACAGAUCCCAACAAGACCUUUAUGUGCGCAAGUGACGCCUCAUUUGCAGACCACAAAGAUCGAAGGAGCACCGAAGGCUAUCUCUGCAAGCUGUAUGGAGGACCAAUUGACUGGCGAGCAAGCAAGCAACGUACAGUUACCACUUCUACAACUGAGGCAGAACUACUGGCUAUCUCCGAAGCCGCGAAAUCGAUGUUCUGGUGGAAGCGCUUAUUUGAAGCUAUUGAGUUCGAUCCAGAACACCAGAUCUCAAUCCUAUGUGACAACCAGCAGACGAUCAACCUGCUUACCAAGGAGGAUCCUCAGAUCCGUACGAAGCUUCGACAUGUUGAUAUACACGGCCAAUGGCUUCGUCAAGAAGUUCAGGCAAAGCACGUUGAUAUCCGAUGGGUUCCCAGCGCGGAGAUGCCCGCGGAUGGCCUUACGAAGGUCCUACCAGACCAAAAACACCAAGAAUUUAUGAAGAUGCUUGGUUUAGUUGAUGUGAAGAGCCUCAUUAUAGACUAA